UGGGCGCGGUUCUGCGCAGAUGCAGAACGCAGCUGCGGAAGCCGAGGAUUUUAAUCACCCAGCUAGCUCUACAUCUCGCCCAAAUGGCCAGCUGGGGAAGACUCGCUGCUGCUUUGAAGACUGCUCUCAAGAGUUCUCAGUCUCUGAGGAGUGUAGUCCUGCGCCGGGCUGUGGGUCCGUGUGUUUGGGGCUCUUUUGUCGGAGUUGGAGCUCUCUAUUAUUAUCAGUAUCAUGCCCACAGCAGGACUCUGCCCUUUGCUGUUCAUGCCAAGGAGCAAAAAGAAGCUGCAGCUCCACAGCUGUCUGCCAGAAAGGUCCGUUUCAACCAGUUUGCCUCUGUGACGUACAAGCAGGAGCCCUACAUGACCCCCAGAGACUUUCUGUACUCCGUCAUGUUGGAGAAUGUGGACCGAAAGCUGCAGAAGAAGCAUUUAACUGAAGAGGAGGUUAACAAAAUGUUGAAAGCUGCCUCAAGAGCUCGGCCUGGGAAUGAACUGUUCAGGAGCCUGGGAGACGAUGGUUUGAUAUCCUACACAGAGUAUCUUUUCCUGCUGACCAUCCUGACCAAGCCACGCACAGGAUUUCAUAUUGCUUUCAAAAUGCUUGAUGUUGACGGCAAUGAGCAUGUGGACAAAAAGGAGUUUCUGACGCUGAAAAAAAUCAUUGGGAAAAGAAGAGCUCCAAAGGAAGGCACAGAGAGUCCAGCAGAAGAUGGAGAGAGUGUGAACACAUCGUUGCAGGCCUACUUCUUUGGGAAGAGAGGACAAAAUAAGUUGCAGUAUCAGGAGUUCCACAGGUUCAUGGAGGACCUGCAGGCUGAAGUCCAGGAGAUGGAGUUCCUGCAGUUCUCUAAAGGCAUGGACACCAUGAGGAGAGAGGACUUCGCAGAGUGGCUGCUGCACUACACUAACGAAGAGGACAACGAGGUGUACUGGGAGAACAUGAGAAAGAAAAUCCCUGCCGGCCAGAGUAUCACAUUUGAUGAGUUUAAGGCCUUCUGUCUCUUCACCAACAACCUGGAGGAUUUUGCCUUUUCGAUGAAGAUGGUGUCUGGUGCCAACCGACCUGUGGGAAUGGCUCAGUUUAAGCGAGCGGUGAGGAUCGCCACCGGCCAUGAUCUGUCUGAGAACGUUUUGGAUACUGUGUUCAAGCUCUUUGACAUGGACGGAGACAACCGUCUGAGCCAUAAGGAGUUCAUCGGUGUGAUGAAAGACAGAGUGCUGCGAGGCCUGAAGGUUCAGCCACAGAACGGAUUCUCUGGAUACUGGAAAUGUGUGAAGAGAGAGACCCUGAAGGGGGCUAGGGAGGCCCUGGGAGACACUGGGUGCCCCAUUUGAACCCCAGUGAUGAUCCAGAACACGUCGACAAGUCCACUUUAGUCCUUCAUAAUCCAAAGAGUGGUGUGAGAAGAUUUACAGUGUAACCAUAUGUACAGGAACAAAGGAUUUAUACCACUAUAUCGUAUGUAUGAAUGAUGUGUGCUGUCUGAUAUUAGCUUCACAGAGGUGGGUUGAGGUGUUUGGUCUAUUACAUGCGUUUUACUUUAAUGCAGAAAUCAAAUCGUGCAUUUUAUAUUCAGAAGAGAGACGUGAAUUUGACUGAAUUUAACAAUGAUCAAAUAUAGAUUCAAAUCUGGUUCACUGAGCUCAAAAGAAGGAUUGAGAAUUCUCUUUCUUUCUGACCGUCACAACCUUGUUAGCGUCAAUGUUAGCUCACUGGUCACCCGCAGAUUCUCCUUUAAUGACCGAUGGUCAGUGCCAGAAGAUGAAGGAGAAGUUACAGAAAUGCAUUUAAAUGGGGCGUAUCCACACUUUUGUGACUCAUGUGGCCCAACCUGAGACACCGACUUACUACUACAUCCACUACUACAUCUUCUUUUAACUUCGAGAAUUAAAGUACCAUAAAGAUGGUAAGUAAAUUACAUGAAACGACCUUUGGUUGUGUUCAAAUGGCAGCCUUUGUUAUGAAACACAGCCAAUGUGGACAUGCAAAAACUGCAGUUCCUCUAGUGUCCACUAGAUGCUGCCUCCAAAAGCCAAGGAAUCCCCAGUAACACCAGAGUUACUAAACUUUAGAGCAAAAUGAAACAUGUUUACAGCCUGAUACCAAGAGGUGUUGGGUCUGAAUCAUACCCUGUAUAAUAAUUUGACGUAGUCUCCUUGAUGUCACCCAUUUGUUUCUGAAGCUUUGGCUGUUUUCGAAACGACCUGCUACAUACUACGUUUGAAUUUAGUAUAUAGUAUGACUGUUCUGUUCGAUCUGUGUUGCAGCAUGCUGGGCCAGACAUCACUGGAUUCCCGGUUUCGGAAUGCGGAAGUAAACAACGGCCAAGCUGAUAGCGAAACUGCUUCUUUAGCAUCCACUUAUAAUUUAAGAAGUUAGGAAGUGGUUUAUGUGGAAUUUAAUCAUUUUCACAGCAUGUAAAAACUGAGUUCCCCCCGUCAAAAAAAGAAGAGGAAAGAAAAAGCGGAACAGUACGUGAGGCAGACUGGUCCGAUACAUACUGUGAAAUAUUCCCGAACCAGUAGACAUCCGAGUAGUUUUGGCAUACUGCAGAUUUUGCUCUUGUUCACAUACUACUUACUGAAUUUUGGCCAAAUCAGUACGUACUGCUAGUCUAGUAGGGAAUUUCAAAAACAGCCAUUGUUUUGAAGCCUAUCGUUGGCAGACAUAUUUGAAAUGCUGACUCAGCCUAACAUCAGUCUAUCUUGGGAGUUAUAAAAAAAAAAUCACCACCUGCACAGUGUGUGCCGAUAGAUAAAUGAGCUAAUCAGACCAAAACCUUUUUUUUUAUCUAGGCUGUAAACAUGUUUAUUUUUGCUGUAAUAAUUCUUUUUUGAAUGGGUGUGUAUGUGGUUUCUGGUAAUUCUGCAGCCAGCCAAGUGGACACUCGAGGAACUGAAUUUUCUUCCACAUCCCCUUCAUAUUUUAAGACCAGAGAUUGCCACUGAGUCUUAAUAGUUAAUUUCUUUAUUGACACACUAUGAGGGAUGCAUUAUGACUCAUCUGUCAUGAGUACAUUAAGGCUAAAAGUUUUAAAUAAGUUAACAUAGGUAGGUGGAGUUUAGUUGACUGGCAGGUAAGGUAGGACUUAAAGUUAUCCUGUCUUGAUGUUGGGUCUUUGUAAAUAAUAUAACAAAGAGUAUGUUCCAGACCUGCUCUACGAACAAAAUUUGAUUGAUAUGGUGACCACCAAUGUUGGAGUAAAAGUAAUGAUGUCACUGAGGCUGUUUUUUAUAUUUCUAUCUAUGGCUUGGUUGCAGUGUUUACAAUAUGACUUUUACAUCUGGGUUCAAACCACUUCUAAUUAUGAGUUGAACACAGCUGUUUUAUUCUGCUCUCUGCACACUUUGUAGCUCAAAGCAGUGUUUGAAUAAGCUGGGGUUCAAUGGUUAGAUCAUUUGUGCCUAUAAAAAGCUUAGUGCCCUUAUGUGGCUUGGUUUUCAUAUUUUUGUGAAGAUGUUUAUCAAAUAAAGUUUUAUAAUGAUGCCUGAGUUUGACUAAGGUUCUGCAUAUUUCAUGUCCACAGAAUAAACAAGCUGAGAACUA